AUGAGUGGCCAUCACGCAAUCACAAAUGUCUACACCAAUGGUACGGCCUCAGUUGGGAAGAUACGGCUACAGAGUGAUCCAGUGAGAGCGGCGCAGAAAGAUUCACUGGAUGAACUUUUCUCGGAGAACGUCAUAGCGAAAAUAAUACGAACAGCCCAAAAACAUUUGUUACACAACAACCCGCCUUCACAAUAUCCACACAUUGUCCCCCAGACUGGGCAAGAUGUCGGUCAAUACGUUUCCAAGGGAAUUGACUUCUGGACCUGUGGAUUCUUCCCGGGUUCUAUCUAUUCCCUUCUAGAGAGAGCAAUCAAACAUCCGACUCGGCUUCAACUUAAAGAUGUUGAAUUAAAAUCUUUGCGCCAGACUCUUGGAAAUUUGGCGAAAACCUGGUCUGAUCCGAUCCAUGGUGAAUCUCGGCUCACAAAUACGCACGAUCUUGGGUUCAUCAUGAUGACCCACAUGAAGCCUAGAUGGGAACUUUUUCACGAUGAAAAAGCUUUGAGUACUAUAAUCACGGCUGCCAAUAGCUUGUAUACUCGUUACAACUCGACGGUCGGUGCGAUUCGCUGCUGGGAUGAGUUGGUGUGGACAAACGCCCCUCACAUUCGCGGCAUGGACGAAAACUUCAUCGUCAUCAUCGAUUCCUUAUGCAACCUUGACCUUCUCUUCUACGCCGCAGCUCACAGUAGAUCUUCUCAUCUGAGCGAUGCGGCCAAGCACCAUGCGCAUACUCUCAUCCGUACUCACCUGCGAGAGGAGCCGACAAUGUGCCGCCCGGGAUUCUCUGGUAUGCUAUAUAGCACUGGACAUGUUGUGAACUUUUGCCCAGAGACUGGAUGCAUAAAAGAGAAACGCACUGCGCAGGGCUUUGACGCAAACUCGACGUGGUCUCGUGGUCAGGCUUGGGCGAUACUGGGGUACGCGCAAACGUACACGUGGACGAAAGACGAAACCUUCCUUCACGUGGCCUGUGGUCUUGCUGAAUACUUUCUGCUUCGCCUAGAAAUGGCUCCCAGCUGCGUUGAAAUCUACACGGCAGAUGGGACAACAUCAGGCCGCUACGUGCCGAUGUGGGACUUUGAUGCCCCAGUUGUGACAGACGGUAUACCCCUAAGAGAUACCUCAGCAGGUACCGCCGCGGCCAAUGGCAUGCUACUUCUCUCUCAAGCACUUGCUGGCCUUGGCAAAUAUGAUAUGGGAAAGAGAUAUCUGAAAGCAGCUUUAACCAUUAUCGAGGAAACAAUUUCAUGCUCUCUGGCUCCAGAGCGAGCAAAAUUGGUCACCAUGGAGAAUGGAGAUAUCAACGGUGUCGAUGAAUUGGAGGAUAGCACUUUUGAGGCAGUCUUGAAAAAUGCCACAGUGUCUAAUAAUGCUCUAGGAUAUGCGCAGAUAGCAGACCAUGGAUUGGUUUAUGCAGAUUACUACUUGAUUGAGUUUGGGACGCAACUUCUUCGACUAGGGCUGGCCUAG